UGGGAAUUCUAGAUUGCCCACAAGCCUAGACUCGGGACGGCUAGAUUAUAUCAUCGGUUGUCCAACUCAAUUGAGUUUCCUCUCGGAUCCUGCCGAGAGUCAAUCACAUGUGAGUUCGUGGGUCGACAGAUCCAUGUCAUCCAGCGUCAUCAGAGAAGCUCCAAGAAAAUAAUCACGAUGCCCCCUCCACCACACAAACCCCCCAAGAAACUCAUCCGCCAGCUGGCGACGGAGAAGACCCGCGGCGAGGGCGCCAACCCGAGCCAGCUGGGCGACCCGGUGUCGCUCGAGGUCGAGACCAACGCCGUCGCCCCGUCUGCGGUCAAGCGGUCGGACGAGGACGACGCCGGCGCGACGCCGGCCGGGAAAACGCGGCCGUCGGCGGGGUCGCGUGGAGGUGGGAGGAGAGGCGAGGGUGGUUCUGGGAGCCUGAUGGGGAAGUGGGAUAUUGCGGGGGGUCUCGGGGAGCUGGCUGGCGGAAGUGGAAGCGGAAGAGGCAGGGACCUGAAGCUAUAGAUGAUGGUUGGACAGAGAUAAUGGCGGAUUGAGCAGCAAGAGAAUGGCUUCCCCCCCCCCGCCCCCCCGGCACUCGUGGGCGGCCGAUGUUACGGGACUCAGGGACCACCGGGCUUGCCACUCGGCAAUAUCCGCCCCGCGAGAUAUGCGAUCAGAAUGGCGAUUUCAGCACUGGUGCAAUUUGAUCGAUGUCCUGUCCUGUCCACCACCACCACAAUGAUAACUCGACAUACUGGAAGCCAAAAGUAAAAUAAGUUUAUAUAUAUAUCGUGACCGCUUGGAGAAAUUUUGGUCGGAAACCCCGUGACGCCAUGCAAUGCCAUAUCAACACACACACAAAAGCACCAUUACAAACUUGCCAUGCGGAUUAAAACCUA